AUGGUGGUUGUUGGUCGGCGACGGUGGCCGGAAAAUGUAGCCGGAGAAGUUGGUCGGAGGUGGUGGCCGGUGGUGGUUGCCGGAGUUCGCUGGAAGUCACCGGAAAAGGUCGCCGGAAGAGGAAAACUAUACCCUAAAAGAUUGUACAUUGAGAACCCAAGUGGUGAUGGUGAUAAAGAGGUGAAGGUGGUCGCCGGAGGUGAUUGCCGGCGGUGGUUGCCGGAGGUGAUGGGGGCUGGAGAUAGGUUUUGGGUUAAGAGACGAUCUCCGGUGAAUCUUGAGAAAACCCUUUUCACUUUGAUCGGAAAUAUAGUGUCUAGGAUCGGGUUCGGGAUCAAUCUCUGUGAGUGUGACUUCGUUGAUGAAGAUAGGAUCGUUGAUCUUGUGCACAAGUUUGAGGAGGUCAUAGAAGAUUCUCUGUUCUCUGAUUUCUUUCCCGGAAGAAUCGGUAGGCUCAUCGACCGGAUCUCCGGUCAGAACAAGAGGUUAACCAAUCUUUUCUCGGAACUAGACACUUUCUAUCAGAAUAUUCUCGAUCAUCAUCUCAAGCCUGGAAGAGAGAGGUCCUAUAUCAUUGACGUGAUGAUCGAUAUGAUGAAGAAGCAAGAGAAAGAUGGAGACGCUUUCAAGUUCACCACAGAUAAUCUCAAAGGGAUGAUCGCGGACAUUUUUAUAGCAGGAGUAGGCGCAAGCGCUGCCACAGCGGUAUGGGCAGUGACCGAGCUGAUCAGAAACCCGAAAGUGAUGAAGAAAGUGCAAGACGAGAUUCGGACAACACUUGGGGAUAAGAAGGAGAGAAUCACAGAAGAAGAUCUAAACCAACUUCGCUACUUUAAGCUCAUGGUCAGGGAGGUAUUCAGGUUACAUCCAUCAUCUCCACUCUUGCUCCCAAGAGAGACACUGUCUCAUGUCAAGAUCCAAGGCUACGACAUUCCUGCCAAAACACAGAUCAUUAUCAACGCUUAUGCGAUUGCUCGUGAUCCAAAACUAUGGGAGAACCCAGAUGAGUUUAACCCUGACAGGUUUCUUGACAGUUCUAUAGAUUAUAAAGGACUAAACUUUGAGUUUAUUCCGUUUGGAUCUGGUAGGAGAAUAUGUCCAGGGAUGACAACGGGAAUCAUGCUUGUUGAGUUGGCAUUGUUGAAUUUGCUUUACUUCUUUGAUUGGGGAUUGCCGGAGAUGGAUGAAGCCAACGAGAUCGUCACUGGAAAGGAAGAUGUUCUCAUUUUCGUUCAAGUUCUUCGCCACUGAUUGUAUGUACUACGUACACUAGAUUCAAAAGAUAAUAAAUGAAAGUUGUACAAUUAAAGCAUUGGUCACUUGGUUUCUUAAAUAAGAAAUAAAAGUUGUGUGUCUA